AUGGCAGUCCCUCCCAAGUUCGCCGCCCACAAGCUGGCAUUCGAGCCCGCCAAGGCCGUCGCCGAAGGCGUCCCGGCCCAGCCGCACACCAUCGAGCUCUACCUCGACUACGUCUGCCCCUUCUCCGCCAAGCAGUUCAACACCUUCUACAAUCAAGUCGUCCCCGCCAUCCGCUCCAACCCGACCUGGGCCUCCAACCUCGAAGUUAUCUUCCGCCAGCAGGUCCAGCCCUGGCACCCCUCCAGCACGCUGGUCCACGAGUCCGCCGUCGCCGUCGUCAAGGUCGCCCCCGAGAAAUUCUGGCAGUACUCGGACGCCCUCUUCAAGGCGCAGAAGGACUACUUCGACGUCAACGUCGUCAACGAGCCCCGCAACGAGACCUACAAGCGCCUCGCCAAGCUGGCUGCCUCGGUCGGCGUCGACGAGAAUAAGGUCUACGAGCUACUGGCGGUCUCGGACAAGCCCGGCGAGGACGGCUCGCUCAACAGCGGCAACGGCGUCACCAACGACUUCAAGGUGCUCAUCAAGCUGGCGCGCUUGACGGGCGUGCACGUCAGCCCCACGGUGCUCUUUGACGGCUACCCGAACAACGAGAUCAGCUCGAGUUGGACAUUGGAUCAGUGGAAGGAGUGGUUGCAGAAGAAUGUCGCCUGA